UCAGGUAGGCUGUGGUGUUUAUACCAGGAUCAAUUGGUACUAAGGGGUCCAAAGUGCCCAGAAAAUGUCCCCCGCACCAUUACACCCCCACCAGCCUGAACCUGAUACAAGGCAGGAGGGAUCCACGCUUUAUGUUGUUUACACCAAAUUCUGACCCUGUCAUCUGAUGUCACAGCUGGAAUGGAGACUCAUCUAACCAGACCUCGUUCUUCCUUCUUACAUUGUUCAGUUUUGGGUCCUAUGUGAAUUGUAGCCUCAGUUUUCUGUUCUUAGCUGACAGGAGUGGCCCCCGAUGUGGUCUUCUGCUGCUGUAGCCCAUCUGCUUCACGGUUGGACAUGUUGUGCGAUCAGAGAUGGCAUUCUGCAGACUUUGGUUGUAACCAGUGGUUAUUUGAGUUACAUUUUUCUCCACACAACCUCCGCUCACUGGACAUUUUCUCUUUUUAGGACCGUUCUCUGUAAACCCUAGAAAUGGUUGUGUGUAAAAAAUCACAGUGGAUCAGCAGUUUCUGAAAUCCUCAGACUAGCCCGUCUGGCCCCAACAACCUUGCCCUGCUCAGAGUCACUAAAAUCCUCUUUCUUCCCUAUUCUGAUGCUAGAUUGAACUUCAUCAAAUUGUCUUGACCACAUCUACGUGCCUAAAUGCUGCCAUGUGAUUGGCUGCCAGUCGAACAGGUUGGUUUUAACUGGACCACCACAAAAAAAAACUUAAUUUUGGUAAAGAAACUUGUGAUUCAUACUGUGAUAGGUGACACUAUCAGAAGCAAUGUCGAAAGACGAAGAAGCAGGAUGUAAAUUGAACGCUACAUGUAAACAUAAAGAACGGAAGCCCAAAAAACCUCACUAUAUCCCAAGACCAUGGGGGAAGCCGUAUAACUACAAGUGCUUCCAGUGCCCCUUUACCUGUAUGGAGAAAUCCCACUUGUACAACCACAUGAAAUAUAGUCUUUGUAAGAACUCCCUGUCGCUCCUCAUAGAGUCUGACUGGCCCUACAAAAAGAACAGUUUCCUUGUCCCCGAAAUGAACCUACAAGAAACACAUACAGAAGGAAACCAAGACAAACAAGAAGCAUGUGAUUCUACUGGAGUACCAACCAAGGCUAGACAAGCUGGUGAGAAGACGAGUUCUGAAAUUCAGAGAUUCCUAGAAGAGGAUGAUGAAAGACCAGAAGAAGAAGAGGAGGAAGCGAUGGGCCAAAGUCGGAAGGAGAAAAGCAAGAGCAUCCCAUCUUCACACACCACCAAAACUGAAAGUGGACUAAAGAGCAAAAGGGAGUGUGUGAACAAAGAUGGAGAACCAGAGUUCAUCAUCACUGAUGUGUUCUCCUUAGAUGGACACUGUGAGAAGGAACGAGACGAACAAAGAUUUGUCAAGGCUUCUCGAAAAACUUCAAGCAACCUUGGAGGAGCUCGGGUGGAUCAGUGGAAGCUACUGACCAGCACACUUAAAAAAGCCGGAGCAGACACGCCAGUUGGGUGCAAUGGAAACAACAUAAUUCCUUGUUACCCACCACCGACUUAUUCAGAUUACCAGGAACAUCAGGGUCUCUCACUAUUGGGCCUUAACUACCCACUAAACACCAACCUGUUCUCAUAUCUCAACCCCUCCAUGACAAGUGGUACGGCCCAGCUUCCUUUCCUAGCUUCCACAGCUCAACUUAUGCACACUCCACACUCCACUCACUUCCAGACUUUACAAAACACAGAAAGAACAUCAUUCCUUCCUCGCUUCUACUAUCCCUUGUUGUUUGAGCAUGCGUUUAACACGGAUGCCAAAAUACCAGAAAGCAAGCCAAUGAACCAAGGUCAGUCAGCAAACACAUUUAUUGGUACCCCAAAACCAAAGACACCUGUGGACCCAUUAAAGACCUGCUUGCUCAAAUCUGAAGAAGGUAACACCACCAUCGCUUGGGCCCCUGGAGACAAGUUGCAAAAUCAAACGGUGGAUCAUAAUAAACCAGAAGGAGAAGGAAAAUGGGUUCCCCAGAUGGUAAGAGACAUCAUUCGACAGCAGAAGGACAUUUUAGGAUCUUAUGGGGUACAAACCUCCAGAAAUAACGAAGUAUCUGCACAAAAAAGUAAUGUUGAGGUGUCUCCCUGGGAAAAAGGAAGUCCUUCAAGAUGUGCGAAGAGGAAACCUUGGUUGGAUAGAGAUGCACCCAAUGUAGCAAGUGAACAGACAUCAACUUUGAUGGAAGGAGAACGGAAUCUUCAUAAUAGCACCAGUUCUCCCAUUACGUCUCCCGAUAUCUGGAGUGAGAAGAGGGCGAUUUUAGAAGUGACUGCCUGCAAGAGGAGAAGACCAUCUGAGGUUUCCAGUGAAAAGCCAGAACCUGUGGUUGUCAAUGCAUCUCUACUCAUUGGGGACCUCUCAAGAACCCUGGAGGAAUAUGGAAAAGUGGAGAGGAAGUUGGCAAAUCUAACGUCCGAUGACAGUAGUCGACAAAAGACUCUGGGAGAGCAACUUGGUAAGAUACGACUAGAACUCCUUCAUAUUCACCAGGCUCUUGAAAAGGCUUCAAGCACACACGAUGGGCCCUUAGACCUCUCUAUAAAGAGGGCUGAUGAUAUGGAUAAAGAAGAUCGAGAAAAGAUUCCACUGAGAGAAGAUCCCCAAACACCUCCACUCACUGAAUGCUCACCCAAAGAAGUGGUGAAAGUGGAACUGUUGCCCCCAGAGUUGGUGACUUGUUAUGCCCGUCCCACCAAGUGUGAAGCAGACUCAAGUGUCCUUCUGUGCCCAGAUGGAAGAGUAGGGAGCACUGGGAUUGCCCAGACACACAUAGCUCUUUAAGAGGAGGGGGGAGGUGUUGGGUUUGGAAGAAGCCGCCUGCAAAUAGAGAACAUUUGAAGUCAACAAAUCUUCUAUGGUCACCUUCACACUUACACCAUGAAGCUUUCCCCCUAUAGACUCGGCAGAGCCAGUUCUGCAUGAAUAAAGCGUUCAGCAGCCACCUCACUGUGACAGAUUUGCAGAACACUGUGUCAUUACUUGGCAAGCGUUCUGGAGAUGAUUCCUGUUUCCUAAUGAUAGUACCAGCCUCUAAAGACAAAAGGGCACAUACACCAGUAGUGGCCUCUGCGGCUGCUAUGGGCCUGAUAUGAUGGAGGCCCAACCUCAGGUUAGCAACAUCCCAAUAUCCCCAUGGGCAAAGUGAACUUAUGCAAGAAUUUUCCACUUGGCCAAUGGUCAUGUUGCCAUACAUUCUUACAAGGGAGGGGACAAAUAAACAGUUAUUUUAGGAGGUGUGGUGGCAUGACCCAACAUCAGAAGAAAGGGCCCUAUUUUUGUGUAUGGAGCUGUUCGGAAAGUUUUGCAACCUUCUAGGGGCCUCCUCAGACUAACACAUUUACAGAGUAAUGUCCUCAAUGACUGACAUGGACACUUCACAUCUUAAGGACACAAGAAGGACAUUGAGGUCCAUGAAUGGUGAAGAUCUUGCCAGUAUUGUCUAUUGAUAACAGUGGGAAUGUGAGGUCUUAAUGCCACGAGUGUAAAAAGAUAUUUAUGAUAAGUUGUUCACAACUGAAAAGUACUUUGUUAAUACUGAUAUUUAAUAUUUGUUAGUGAUCUGAUCUAUUAAAGCAGUGACUGUGAA